GUGAAAAUGUUAUAAAAAUGAUGCUGUAUAAUUGGACAAACGAAGGACUCGCUCAAGCAAGGACGUUCGUCGACUCUAACAUUCAACAUACCCUAGGAUGGAACCUAAGUCCUGACGAAUUGAUUCAUGUACCUGAACACUGGCAAAGUUAUCCAGAACCCGAUAAAAGUUUGCAUUUACUGUUGGGAAUGGUUUAUAUAUUUUUCUUUAUAGCCUCGAUGAUUGGAAAUGGAUUGGUUCUAUGGAUAUUUACAAGCGCAAAAUCUUUAAGAACUGCUUCCAAUAUUUUCGUUGUAAACUUGGCAUUUUGUGAUUUUCUCAUGAUGUUAAAAGCGCCAGUUUUUCUUUAUAAUUCGUUCCAUUUUGGUUUUGCCUCGGGCCAUCUAGGCUGUCAAAUUUUUGCAGGGAUGGGAGCACUUUCUGGAAUAGGAGCAGGUAUGACUAAUGCAGCAAUUGCCUAUGACAGAUACACAACAAUAACAAAACCAUUUGAUGGAAAAAUUACCAAAAUGAAGUCAAUAGUCAUAGUACUUUUCAUAUGGUUUUAUACGAUACCAUGGACUGUACUACCUGUAACUGAAAUGUGGGGUAGAUUUGUUCCAGAGGGAUUUCUGACAGCAUGCAGUUUCGACUAUCUAACAAGAACAUUUGACAAUCGACUAUUUGUGGGAGCCAUUUUUACCUUUUCCUACGUAAUACCAAUGCUUAUGAUCAUUUAUUUUUAUAGUCAAAUUGUGAGCAAAGUAUUUUCUCAUGAGAAGGCUCUUCGGGAACAAGCUAAAAAAAUGAAUGUAGAAUCUCUGAGGGCAAACCAGCAAAACACAGAAUCCGCCGAGAUAAGAAUCGCCAAAGCUGCUAUUACAAUUUGCUUUCUAUUCGUUUUAUCUUGGACACCAUAUGCGGUACUUGCCUUGAUUGGAGCAUUUGGCGAUCAAACGUUACUAACUCCUGGAGUUUCCAUGAUACCAGCACUCAACUGCAAACUAGUAGCAUGCAUUGAUCCAUAUAUUUAUGCGAUCAGUCAUCCAAAAUUCAGAUUGGAGUUACAAAAGAAACUACCAUGGUUAGCAAUCAAAGAAAAAGAAGUGAGUGACACUCAAUCUGUUGCUUCCCAGCAAACUGCAGUACCGCCACCAUCUACUACAUAAGAUGGCAUCUUGGAAUUAUGAUCGGAUACACCUACCAGUGCUAACAGACUACACAGACUACCUACUAUACGUUAGUAUUUUGUGUUAUACAAUAACUGUAUUUUUCAAUUGAAAAUA